AAGAUAAUCACAACAGGCAAAACUCUUGGGGGGUGUAUUAGUAAAAUACGAAAAUAAUAUAAUCGAAAAACUGUUAACAUAACUAACCGAAUCAAGUCAGCUCGAACCCUAGAUCGAUUAAUCCCCAAAUCCGACGAAUCGAUAACCAAGAUUUACAAUGUCACCGGAUCACAGAGACAGCCAUCGAAAGAGGUCGCGUCCUCACUCCGACGACGACGACAACGGUGGAAGCAAGAGGAGGCACCGCGGAGGAGACGAUAGAGACUCGCAUACGAUCGAUCGCGACGACACUGUGUUCCGUUACCUCUGCCCUGUUAAAAAGAUCGGGAGCGUCAUUGGCAGAGGAGGCGAUAUCGUCAAGCAGCUGAGGAUGGAGACUAGGGCGAAGAUCAAAAUAGGGGAAGCUAUCCCUGGAUGCGACGAGCGCGUGAUCACGAUCUAUAGCGCUAGCGAUGAGACCAAUGCCUUUGGGGAUGAUGGAGAGAAAGCUCUUUCUCCUGCGCAGGAUGCUUUGUUUAAGAUCCAUGAUAGAGUUGCUGCGGAUGAUGCGCGGCGGAGCGAAGAUAGCUCUGAGGGAGAGCAGCAAGCUACUGCUAAGCUGCUUGUUCCUUCGGAUCAGAUUGGGUGUAUUCUCGGGAGAGGUGGCCAGAUUGUUCAGAAUAUUAGGAGUGAAACGGGUGCUCAGAUUCGUAUUAUCAAGGAUAGGAACAUGCCUCUAUGUGCCUUGAGUUCAGAUGAGCUCAUUCAGAUAUCUGGAGAAGUGCUUCUUGUUAAGAAGGCUCUGCAUCAGAUUGCCUCCCGCCUUCAUGAGAAUCCUUCACGUACUCAGAACCUACUUUCCUCUGCAGUUGCCGGUGGAUAUCCUUCUGGCUCACUCGUGAGCCAUGCGGGUGGUCCUCGAAUUGUGGGGAUAGCACCGCUGAUGGGUUCCUACGGAGGGUACAAAAGCGAUGCCGGAGAUUUUGGACGCCCUUUGUACGAAACUCGGAGAAAUGAGCCGCCGGCGACAGACUUCUAUAUUCGGCUAGUUUCCCCAGUUGAGAACAUUGCAAGUGUUAUUGGUAAAGGUGGUGCUCUAAUCAACCAGCUUCGACAGGAGACCAGAGCAACCAUUAAAGUUGAUAGUGCUAGAACCGAAGGAAAUGAUUGUUUGAUAACUAUAUCAGCAAGAGAGGUUUUCGACGAUGCGUAUUCCCCAACCAUAGAGGCAGCUAUGCGUCUGCAACCAAAAUGCAGCGAGAAGAUUGAAAGAGACUCUGGACUUGUUUCGUUUACAACUCGCAUUCUUGUGCCAAGCUCUAGGAUUGGUUGUCUUCUCGGUAAAGGAGGAGCUAUCAUUACUGAGAUGAGGAGAAUGACGAGAGCUAACAUUCGAGUUCUCGGGAAGGAAAAUCUUCCGAAAGUUGCAUCCGAAGAUGAUGAGAUGGUUCAGAUCUCCGGAGAACUUGAUGUUGCCAAAGAAGCUCUCUUACAAAUUACAUCAAGAUUAAGAGCCAACGUUUUUGACAGAGAAGGAGCUGUUUCUGCAAUCAUGCCGGUCCUGCCUUAUGUUCCCGUAGCACCAGAUGCUGGUGAUAGAUUGGACUAUGAUAGAAGAGAUAGCAGAAGACCUGAACGCGGGAAUCAUUAUCCUGGUGGUUAUGGCUCAAGUGGUCUGUCUUCUGAAUAUUCGCCUUAUGGUGCACCGGUUGGCGGUAGUAGUAGUACUCCAUAUGGAGUGUAUGGAGGAGGUUAUGCAUCUGGACGCAGUGGCAGUUCUGGGUUAUCCAGCCAUUCAUCAACCCAUCGACGCAGAAACUAUGAUUACUAGAAGCUAUUGGUGGGUGAUGAAAAAGAGUUCUUAAAGAUCAUAUGCAGGGAAAGCGAUAAGUGAGAAUAUAUAGAUACCGUUCUCGUUGGUCCACAUGAAAAGGUAUAUAAAUUUCUCCUCAUUCAUUAUUUUUUUGCACAUAUGCUUCUCUUCCAGCACUUAAGACAGGUUGCUGCUAUCUCUGGAACUGGAAACCAAUCUUUUGAUCACUAGUCGGAUCGUUGUCAGCUCCAAAUCCGGUUCAGUUCUAUGACUGUCCGGUUUUCUUGCUUAAACCAACUGGUUUUGUUGCCUAUCUCCGAGAAAUCUCUUGAUAUCUAGAAUGUUGAAUGAUGAGUUAAAUUGGUAGAAACCAUUAUAUUAUUUCAAGAAUAGUUAGAAUUACUGAAAGUUUUGUUUUUUUCCUUUGUAAAACCAGUUGGAUCUGUAAAUAUUUCUUUACAGUUUAAUUAUUUAAACUAUUGAUAAGUUAAA